AACGAGUAGGCACAGAAUGAAUUGGGUGUGUGCAAAUAAGAGCUCCCGUCUGGAUCAUAUCGACCCAACCACCAAUCACUCACUCUCCUUUCCACUCUCUCCUCAACAAUCAAAUCAAAUUCACUCUCAAAUUCUCUCUCGCUCUCUCUACAAAUAUAUACUUUCACGUUAUAUAUUUUUACCAAUUUUGUUUCCCUAGGUUAAUUGACGAGUUGCCAAACUCGUUAGGGUUCUUCAGAAUCAAAUUUGAGUUUUUCUUUGAAUUUUGUGUCUUUUUAAAAAAAUUUAGGGUUAGUUUGUUGUAUUGUGUACUUAGAUUCGUCUCAAUCUGAUUUGUAAAUGCUUCAGAAAUGCCUGAGACCAACCACGAAGCUUCCAUGUACGUUGCCGAGGCCAUGAACAUGCAACAACAACAACAACAAAACCAGAUCGAAGACGAAGAAGACGACGAGGUUGCGGGUGGAGAGUCCAUAGACAACCCUCAGAUCCGAUUCGAAGCCCACGCCGCCCUCCACGACGGUGGCGGUGGUCCGGUGAUGAACGGCGUCGACGGUGUUCAUCCGCAUGCUUUGUAUGUUCCUGGUUCUGAAAUCCCUCCGGCCGUCGGAGGAGGUGGCGCUGAUCAGCUAACUCUAUCGUUUCAAGGCGAGGUUUAUGUCUUCGACGCUGUUUCGCCUGAGAAGGUGCAGGCAGUGUUGUUACUAUUGGGGGGAUAUGAAGUGCCCACUGGCAUUCCAACUGUUGGGGUGGCCCCCCAAAAUCAGAGGGGUUUAGCUGAUUUUCCUGGAAGAUCGAGUCAACCACAAAGGGCUGCUUCUUUGAAUCGGUUCAGGGAGAAGAGAAAAGAACGAUGUUUUGACAAGAAAAUUCGUUAUAAUGUUCGUAAAGAAGUUGCACUAAGGAUGCAGCGCAGAAAGGGUCAGUUUACCUCAUCCAAGACAAUUUCAGAUGAAGUGGGUGCUUCUUCAGAUUGGAAUGCAUCACAAGGUUCUGGACAAGAGGAGCAGGAAACUUUAUGUACACAUUGUGGUAUUAGCUCAAAGUCUACUCCGAUGAUGCGUCGUGGGCCAGCUGGUCCGAGGACAUUGUGCAAUGCAUGUGGACUCAAAUGGGCCAACAAGGGAGUUUUAAGAGACCUCUCGAAGGUUUCAGCUGCAGGAAUCCAGGACCCUACUGUAAAGGCUGCUGAACAAAGUGAGGGUGAAGCUAAUGACUCAGAUGUUGUAACCUCUGCGGCUGACAUCAUUAAUUCUUCUAAUGGCGAGAACUCGGCUGUGCCUGCCGAACGGUAUGGAGCCUGAUUGGGAAAUUUUACGUUAUUUCAGCACUUGCCGAACUAAUCUGCCUCAGUAAAGAUGAAGUUAUCUUGCCAUAUACUUGCAUUUUGCAUAUGAAUAUCUCGUCUGUUUGUAGACCGAAUCUUGGUGUAUCUAGGGAAGUAAGAGAAAGUGGAAGGUAUUAACUGGAAUUUUCUUAGUCCUGCUUCACCUCCGGUCAAAUCAUCGACUUGAUAUUUGAUCUAAAAGAAUAUCGGGAACUGGAUGUCGAUAUAAUCAAAGCCCUUGUGCAUUAUGGAGACCCAGGCUGGUCUCAUGAAGAGGAAUAAUGUGGAAACCUCCUCUGCGAAGAGAUGUAAUGUUAGGACCAUUAAGGUGACUAUUUUUUUCCCUCUUUCUUUCCCUAUUUUUGUUUUAUAAAAGAGUCUUAUGUUUCAUGGGGCAGCAGGUGGCUGGAGGGAAUGUGUUUCGGGGAUGGUGGGUGUGCAUUAUGCUUGGAAACAUUAUUAUUGUAAGAAAAAACGUGCUUGUUGACAAUUUUUAUGUAAACAAAAAGUAAUUGAUUUCUAAGCCUCUAAAGGAGUUGAUUA